UCAUCUACAAAUGGGUCUAUGGGCUUGGUUUAAGAAACUAGUUUGCAAUAACAGCAAAAAACAAAACAAAUCGAAAAAACUUGAGGCAAGAAAAUCACUACAUUCUUCACACGGGACCUCAAAAAUCCAGGCAUAUAUUGAGGCUGAUGCUCUUACUAAGCAAGCUUCUAGUGCACUUGAUAGAAUACAUUUUUGGAGCAAGAUACAAACGGAACUAAGAACUCGUCGUCUCUAUAUGGUCAAAGAAAGCCGAAUAAAGCAAAAGAAGCGUCAAAAUCAGUUGAAAAUCGAUUCCAAGUUUCAUGAACUAGAGAUUGAAUGGUGCAAUGGGCCCGAGUCAAUGGACGAGAUGGCGAACAAGAUACAGCAAAGAGGGGAAGCCACCAACAAGCGUGAACGAGCAAUGGCAUAUGCCUUUUCUCAUCAAUGGAGAGCCAGCUCGAGUCGAAGUUUUGGUCAAGCUUAUUAUCAUCUAAGCAAAGAAAGUUGUGGUUGGAGUUGGAUGGAGCGAUGGAUUGCAGUUUGCCCGUGGGAGGCUCGUGUCGUUUCACGACCAAUCUUCCGAAGUCGUGGAGGUCAGGGAGGACAAGUAAAAAAACAAGGUAAAAGGAGGACAAAGUAUACAAAAACAAAGAUGUUAGUUACAGUGAAACCCCAGGUGAGAAUUGGUAAAGGGAUAAAGAAAGCAAACAAUAAUUGUACUUCUUAAGCUCUUUGACUUCUUCUUUUACACAUUUGGUACCAAAGCUUUAUAAACAUCAAGAUUUCCACCACCAAUCACAUUCCGGGUCAAUGUAAAACCUCAGAGAGUAUGGUAUAAUAAGUUACUGCUUGUCA